AUGCAACCUGCUCUUGCAGAACAAUUUGAGAUGCUGGAUCUGCUGGACUUGGGGGACAGACCCAGGCGUAUGGUCCAACCAACCGAGCUUCAUAAUUCGGCUUCAAAGUUUUUGCUGGAAGUGUACAAUGAAAUUAACGAGGAACAGGAGCCGCAGGAGGUGCUGCAGCAGCGACACAAACGUUCGCUGACCGAUGACAUAUUGCUCACUCAAGAAGACCGUCAGGAGAUGGCCAGCUGCAACAGCAUACUGACCUUCUCCAGCCGUGCCCAGCAAGAUGAACCGGAUCAGCUGGAUAUGCACAUUACAUUUAAUACGAACGAUGUGCCAGUUGAUCUAAUGCUGAUGCAAGCCACACUGCGCAUCUAUAAGCAACCCAGCGAACAGGAGCGACGCGGAAAUCUGACAAUUUCUGUUUACAGAAGGAUUCACAGCCAUCAGCAAGACACAGACACUACUCCUGUCUACCAUGUUCUUAACUCUGUGAACACUACGGCUCAUUACAAAGGCUGGCUGGAGUUUAAUCUGACUCCCACGCUGCGCACCUGGCUGCUCAACAGGAAUCCACAGCGACACGAACUGCGCAUCUCAUUGGGGGAGGAAGCACAGCUGAGUGCUUUGCACGCGGGCUUGGUGGCUCCACAGGAUAUCCACUCAAAUCUGCAGCCCUUCAUUGUGGGCUAUUUUAAUGGACCUGAGUUGUUGGUGAAGGUGCAAAAGCUGCGCUUCAAGCGGGAUCUGCAGAAGCGUAAAGCCUCUCAACCACGGCCACCUCCGCCGUCCGAUCUCUACAAGCCGCCGCAGUCUUGCGAGCGCCUAAACUUCACAGUGGAUUUCAAGGAGCUGCAAAUGCACAAUUGGGUCAUUGCACCCAAGAAGUUCGAAGCGUACUUCUGCGGCGGUGGCUGCAAUUUUCCACUGGGCACCAAAAUGAAUGCCACGAAUCAUGCCAUUGUCCAGACUCUGAUGCACCUGAAGCAGCCCCACCUGCCGAAGCCUUGCUGUGUGCCCACUGUACUAGGCGCCAUAACCAUCUUACGAUACAUCAACGAAGAUAUUAUAGACUUGACCAAGUAUCAAAAGACGGUGGCCAAGGAGUGCGGAUGUCAUUAA